CACGAUUGUAAGAAGAGUUCUAGUGUUGUAAUCGAACUCGAAAGCUUUUGAAGGCAUGUGAGGGAAUGAAAUUGCCUGGAAAUUUUAUUAUAUAGGCAAGCACACAUGAUUCCUCUCGUAGAUAAAUGCAAUCAAGAAGAAGAACCAAUCUGAGAAAGGCAUGGGGGCUGUUUUUAUUGGUCGUGACCGCUCUGUUUUUUAUUAUUGUAAAUUCUUUGUUCAAUAUUACGAAAGGCCUUUUUCAAAGAGGAACAUUGGAAAGGACUGUUUUCCUUUUGGAGGCAGCAGUUGAUAGCGACAACGCACAAGAAGUACAACUGAAUGAGUUUCUUUCCUUUGGUAUCAAAGAUGAAGUUAAAAUUACUAGUGAACAAUUGCAAUGCCGCUUUUCAUCGUGCUUCGAUUUAUCUUCUUGUAGAUCGGGGUUUCGUGUCUUCUCCGCCAACCCCACUCCCCAGGAUCUGAGAGAGAGAAUCCGAUCCCCUGUCUACGUAAAAUUGCUUAUGUCCAUUCGCCAAAACAUGUAUUACACUCCAGAUUCUUCAGAUGCUUGCUUGUAUGUGCCGACUACUGACACUAUUGAUCGUGACAGGCUGAGUAAAGACUUUGUUCGGAAAGUAGAGAGAAGGAUGAUACAACGUGGUAUAUGGAAUAGGAAUGGUAAAAACUUUAUGAUAUUUAAUUUGUUUUCUGGCACUUGGCCUGACUACAAUGAGAGCCUAGGCUUUGACUACGGUGAAGCAAUGAUCGCUAAAGCAUCGAUUUCACAGGAAAGGCGUAGAAUGGGGUUCGAUGUCAGCUUGCCACUGUUCAAUAAACAGCACCCUCAAAUCCCAAGAACUUAUGGUUGUGAAGAUUGUUUAUUUCCAAUUGAGAGAAAAUACAGAUUGGCUUUUAAAGGAAAAAGAUAUCUCUUUGGUAUUGGCAGUGAAGUAAGGGAUAUGUUACACCUUCUGCAUAAUGACAAGGAUAUAAUCCUGCUGACUACAUGUAAACAUGGCAAGAACUGGCAGGAUUUUGCCGAUACACAUUGCUUUAGGGACAAUAAGCUUUAUGAAAGGUAUGACUACCAAGAACUUUUAUAUAAUGCCACUUUCUGUUUGGUGCCAAGAGGUAGAAGAUUAGGUUCAUUUCGCUUUCUGGAGUCUCUUCAAGCUGGUUGCAUUCCCGUUGUCAUGAGUGAUGGCUGGGAGCUCCCCUUUUCAUCUGCGAUAGAUUGGAGCAGAGCUGCUAUUUGCAUAAAUGAAAAAUCACUGCUGCAAGUUCCAAGCAUCUUGAGGUCGUUCAGUUAUGAAAAGAUUCUCAGCAUGAGACAGCAAUGCCUGUUUUUGUAUUUUGCCUACUUCUCCUCAAUUCAUCAAAUUGUCAGUACGACAAUCAAGAUUGUUCAUGAUCAUGUUGAACCUCACAAUGCUCACACAUAUCAUAUGUGGAAUCAUCCACCUGGAGCAUUGAGUGUCCACACCAGAUUCUCAAACCAGCUUGUCCAUUUUCCAUUUUAUUAUGAUUUAUUUGGAAUCAAGCCUCUCGAAAAGUUCACUGCCAUCAUUCUUGUAGCUGCGGUAGAAAGGACAAGGUCUGGGAAGCUUUUUAAACUUAUAAAGAAAAUAAACCUGUCAGAAUAUGUUCACCAGAUUCUUGUCAUUUGGCUUGCUCCAGUUCGCAUACCUGAAAAAUCAAGUUGGCCUGCAACAAAGGUGUCUUUAAGAGUCAUUUAUCCAAAACAAAAGAUACUGAGUGCACGGUUCCUUGACAGCAACCUUAUAGAAACAGAUGCUAUAUUUACAUUCAAUGAUGAUGUUAUUAUUCAAACUUCUGCGAUCAACUUUGCAUUUCGACAAUGGCGAUCAUUCCCAGAUCAAAUAGUUGGCUUUACGCCUCGUGACCAUUACUGGGACCCCAUAUCAAAUUCAUGGAUGUUUACAUCAAAGAAAUCAAAUACAUAUUCGAUGGUUUUGAUGAAUGCUGCAGUGUACCAUAGGUAUUAUAAUCAUCUUUAUACGAAUAAUUUGCCGAAAGAAGCAUGGGAGAUGAUGUCGUUAUAUGGCAACUGUGAAGAUUUGGUGAUGAAUUUUCUGGUGUCAGAUGUGAACAAGAAACCGCCAAUAAUACUUUCACACCCUCACCAUUUUGAUGAAGGCGAACGGGAAAAGGAAAUCCUUGAUUUGAAAAAGACACACGAUGAUGCGAAACGCAGAGCCGAGCGCUUUAAGACGAAGCAAACGUGCUUCAGGGAGCUUGUCCGAAUUUUCGGAAGAGUUACAUUAAGAAAAUCUUCUCAUAAAUUGGAUCCCCUUCUAUUUAAAGAUCCGAUUUCUAAUUUUAGAAAAAGGUACCGGGAAUUCGAAUAAAGAUGUAGGUACAGUAGUCAAUUAUUUGAAUUUCAUGAAUAUCUUGUGCGGCAAUGGUCCUACUCUUUAUAAAGACUCAAUGAAAAACAAAGAGGGAGGUUUCUUUACUUCUUUCCUCCAUAAAGUCUGUGCAUAAUCUUUCUUUCUCUAGACUCAGGUUAUUGGAAUACCUUGCUUGAGAAAAGACAAUUUUUUCUGCUAAGAUCUUUGCAAUGUUGCUAAAUAGAGAAGAAAUCAAAGAAUAUAUAAAGAUGUGUCUGUUACUGGACUAUCUAGAGAGCUUUUUAAACAAGAUCUCAAUAAUGUACCCAUAAAAAUCCCUUUCCAUUGAUGUCUUCAAAAAUAUCAGAAGUGAUUAGUCAGUCCCUGUAUAUGCCCCUAUGCAAUGUUAAUGUCUUGGUAAUUAUAAUCUGAAUAUUGUAUUUAUUGCUGUGCUUGUCAAAUGCAUAGGUUUGUGGUUUGCAACUCAAGAAAUUGUCAAUAGGCCACACCUAUAGUGUACAGAUUUAUUGUAGAAUAUAUUCGUACGCGUUCCGAAGAGCUUCAUUAAGAGGCUUAUGCAUAAGAAGGGCUUAAAUCUGGGACGUUAUUCAGGGGGAUUUGAUCAAAGGGUGUAAUACAAUCUUCACAGUAAACAUUUUAUAGAUUUUUUAUCUUAGAGAGACAUCGUUUCUGAAGUUGGUAACCAGUUACUUAAAGUUCUUUGUGUUUUUAUAUUCGAAAUUUCCAUAUCAGUUUCUUUAUUUCCUGAUGACUCAGAUAAUAUAGAGAAAAUCAUCAUUUGUAAAAUAGGCCGUUCAAAAUCCAUGCAUCAUUAAAAUUCAUUGCCUUUGGAAAAAUAAAUUCUCCCUGUUGCCUUAACAGAUUUCAUCACUUUUUGUGAGGUUAAAAAACUGUGCUUGAUUGCACAAAACAUUUCAUCUAUCUUAAUCUUCCAAUUUAUUCAAGUAGCACGAUGACUCUAGUUACAAGAAAUUCACCUCGCUGUUUCUUAUAGAUGGAUUUUCAUAGAAGUAAGACAGUUUGCUGUUUGCUACGCAGGCUAAAAAGGAGAUUUGCAAUAUUAUUUCAGAAAACACUUCGUGAUAACCUUACUUAAAGAACAAUGUUUGGCAGAAUGAUAGUCCUUACUUGCUCGUUUUACAUAUUUAGUCAACUCAUAUGUUAUAUUUAUACAGAUUAUAAUCCUUUAGGCAACAAACAUUAAAUUACUGUUAUUUUUCUUAGUAAAUACAAAGCCGUGAGCAUGCAACGGUAUCUUUGAGUCGAGGCUAUCGCUUAACUGUAGCCUCGGUUUGGUAACUCUGUAUGCAUCAUAAUAAUGAGAUAAAACCUAUAUUGUAACGGUUAUUUAUAAAAGACCGAAACGAAACCACAAAGUAAUGAAAUUAUAUUUAGGUCAUUUCGACCCCCUUUACACUACAGAAAAAAGAACGGAACUCUUUGCGACGAUAGGCCUUGCGUUUACACUAGGCAUCUUGGUUCCGUACUAGCUUAGGAAGGGUUCUGUUCUUCUUUGGUUUCGUUAAAAUGGGCAACUCCUUGGUUCUGUUCACAGGUCGUGCUUGUUUUCUCUAGUGUAAACAGUCAGUAACGGAACUUUUUGGUUACGAUUGAAAACGAGGCUUUAUCUAGGGUUGGGCGAGGCUUUCCUAAAAUGCCAGACGUCAUUGCCGCGCCACUGCGCAUUCUUUGCGUGAAAGUUCCGUUCUUUUUACUCAAGCGUAAACGGACUCAAAUUGGGUUUCGUUCCUUUUUGCUACCGUGUAGACGCGAUGAAAAAAGGGGUAUCGUGCCCAAACAAGAACGGAACCAAAGAGUUCCGUUCUUCUCUCUUUAGUGAAACGGGGACUUUAUGAUUGAGCUACCAUACAUUAGCCGAUUAUGCAAAGCUUUAUGAAAUUGAUUUAUUCUACCAUUUGUCUCUUGACACUGGACCAAUAAGAGGAAUAUAUCGAAGUUUUAUGUUUGUAAAAUGUCCUAAUCAAAUCUUCAGAUUUCUAAAGCGUUUUUAUAUUUUUCUAUGCGUGAUUAUUAUUUAUUUGUUUUGAUAUUUGUUUUAAUGUUGAUCUCUGCGUGAUAUAUGAUUGACAAUCCAACGAG